AUGACAAAUAAUACUCUUGGUUCUUCAUUGUAUCAUAAAAAUAUGAUUAAUGAUAAAAAUGAAAAGAUAUUAAAAAAAAGAAAGGAAAAUAAUAAUAAAAAACUCUUCUUAGAUGAAUCGUUAAGUGAUAUUUCUAUAUCUACUAUAAGCAAUAGCACAGGUAUUGAUUCAGAUUUAUAUAAUAGCGUUCUUAAAGAAAUUAAAGAAGAAAAAAAAAGAAAAAAGAAAUUAAAAAAAAAAAGUAUUAAUGAAAAUGAAUCAACAAAAAAUGAAAAUCUAAUUUCCAUGAUUAAUUUAAAUGAAGAACAAAAAGCAGAAAAACAAAAAAUUUCUCAGUCAAGUUUUGACAAUAAAAAAAGACAUAAAAAUAAAAAAGAUAGAAGAAGAAAAAAAAAAGUUAGGAAGUCAAAGUCUAGAAGUAAAUGUUCCUAUGAUGAUAAAAUUCCAAAAGACCCAUUUAACCCUUUGUUAUUAGCUUAUGUAAAAGAUAAUAAAGUUAAAUAUAGAAAAAAUGAUGAAGAUAAAUUAAAUUUUAGAUGGAAACAUGAUAGAUAUGAAAGUUCAUCUGAUGAAGAGGAUAAUGAAGAAAGAGAACAAAAUGUAAAUAAAGCUUUACCCAAAAUUGACAUAUUUGAAUUAAGAAAAAAUUUAUGGAAAUCAAAAGCAGGAGGUGUUUGCUUAUCUCAAAUAAGCGAAAAUUUAAAUUGA